AUGGUCAUGUCCUCGAUGAUGUUGUCGACAGCGACACCUACCCCUCCAAUGUCAAUGAUGACCUUGGCUACCCCCUCCGGCUCUGCCUCCGCCCUAGCCGCCACGAGCAUGGCCGACAUGGCUGCCGCAUCGGUGUCAUCCUCCUCGUCAUGUCACCCGAGCUCCUGCGCCGCCUCCAACGAGAAUAUGACGAUUGGUGCCGCCGUGUGGACCUCAAAGGCUUUGUUGCCGUAUCGGCUGGAUCUGAAGAUCCAAUCUCAAUUUCAUGGGAGCUGGGACCAAGCUCUGCCGGCAAGGCAAACAGUGUCGCCGUUGCUGUUACCAGCACGCUCUUGUCCCGGACGGGCGCCUCUUCCGGGCCAGCGCAUGGAUCGAAGGACCUUGAUCCAGCGGCAUGUCAUCCGCUCGCUCGGCCAUACGGUCCAGUCCGGGUUGGCGUAUUUUGUCAUGCUCCUGGCCAUGUCUUACAAUGGCAUGUCACGGCAUGUCAUGUCAUAUCGGGACAUGUGCUGGACACGAGACUCGAUCACGGGGCUGACGGCAGGGUUCUAG